AACGUCUCCAUAGCCAGCUCGAGGUACGUAAGGUUUACAGUGCUUCAGUUAUGUUAGGUUGUUAUUAAGAUGAACCCCUAAUUAUCGCCAGUGUUUCUAGACGUUGUUUAAAUUAUGUCUCGACUCGUCAAGAAGUCUCCGUCUGUAUGUACGGAUUUACCACUGAACAACACGGAUAUUUGCGCAAAGCUUCGCCUGCUGAAACAGCUUGUAGGAUCUUGUUUUGGUCCGACAGGUAGAUUAAAACACGUUCAUAACAACAUUGGUGGACACGUUGUCACCACCUCCACCUCCGCGGUUCUCCUCGCAGCCGUUUCCUCCUCUCAACCUUUAGUCAGUUUAAUAAAAACGUCCAUUCUCAACCACGUGUCUCGUUUUAGUGACUGCGGAUUGUUUGCUGCUUUUCUCUGUUUGGAUCUUAUUGAGCAGACAAAGCGGACCGCUCUCAGAGAAAGCGUUGCGAUCAGAGUGAACAAGCACCUGUUGGCUCUGUGCACCACUUACCUACAACAAGAGGACUGUGGCUGUAAAGUGAAGCUGGACUUCUGCAGCAGCCGGCACCUGUUACAAUUAGCUCGCAGUAUUAUCUCCAGCAAGCCGGCAUGUGUUCUAACGGAGGCAGAGACGCUGCACAUCAGCAAGCUGGCUGUGCAGGCAUUUCUGCUUUCUAUACCUUGUGCCAACCCAGGUAUAGUCAGUCUGGGAAGGACAAUGAGGGUCUCCCUCGAGGGUUACUCUGUGCUACACUCUGCGGUGUUUCCAGGUUUACUGAUAAACAUCACUGAUGAUUUGUGUGUCAGCGAGCCAGAAAACCUGCAUUCAACGCCCCUGAGAGUGGUUCUGUUCAGUGCAUCCCUUGCUGGGGACCUUUCUGAACUAGGAGAUGGGACAAUUGAACUUCACCCAGGUGCUGACACGGAUUCACAGAUUCUGGAUGAACUCCUGAAGCUUGGCAAACAGGCAGUUGAUCAUGAGGUGAAGCUCUUCAUGUGCCAGAAGGUCAUACAUCCGGUCCUACAGCAUUUUCUCAGGAGUCAGGGUGUCAUUGUCUUAGAGAGACUGGGAAUCGCACUGAUGGAGCCGCUUAUUCAGCUGACAGGUGCUCAACCAGUGGCCACAUUACAUUGUGCGAUCCCAGCAAAGGCCUAUGGGAUAGUGAGUGAUGUUAGUAUUCGGCAGUUUGGAUCAAAGAAACUGUUGCACUUGCUCCCCUCUGGAGAGACAGCAAUUUGUACGAUGGUGCUUUGCCACAGAAAUGAGACUAUGUUGAGUGAGCUGAAGUUGGUGUGCCAGAAGACAGAAGAUGUGUUGAGGCUCAGCCUGAAGGAACCAUUUGCCUUGCUUGGAGGUGGGUGCACAGAGACGCACCUAGCUGCUUAUAUCAGACAUAAGACUCUGAGGGAGGCAACAGAUGCAGCAUCGGUAUUGGGUUGCUCACAGGCUGAGUACCUUCUUGGCAUAGAGGGAUUCUGCCGCUCUCUGGAGUCUGUGGCCACAACGCUGGAACACAGCGGUGGAUUUUCAUUAAUCGAUCUGACUCAUGCUCAUCACUGGCGUCAUGCCGCUGAUGUCAUGCCAGAACGCACAGAGACCAUCUUGGACCUCUGCGGCUGUGGACUGCUAAAAAGUAGCCCAGACAAGAAGUGGAUGUACCUGAACACUGAGCAUGCGGAGAUCUCACCCACGGCAUUGUCUAGAGACACUGUAAUGCAGCCACGGGUGCUGGACUCAUUCACGGCUAAACUUAAUGCUCUGCAUGUCGCUGUGGAAACCGCUAAUCUUGUGUUAGACGUGAAAUACAUUAUUCAAGAUGUGAAUUAGCAGGGAAUGUGUGGUUGGUGUACUGUGAGACUCUAGUCUAAUCAAAAUGCAGCAAAAAUGCUGCAACAUAUUUUGGAGAUAUUGUAGAAUUCAGCUGAAAUAAAUCAUCCUGCUGCUACA